AUGAUGGCUACUUUCCUUGUGCCGCUGGCCAUCUCCUUGCUCUCCGUUGGCCUCCUGCCUUAUGUCUUUCGGCUGGUAGGGCGUCUCAUCGGGCUCUCUCUCCGCAGCAAGACCAAACAGCGACGCGAAAUUCUCCUGGAGAGAGCUGUUGUUGCCGAAGAUCAGUCUCCUGCCGAUGGCGAAAGCCGUUCUCCUCCAACCGAAGCGUCAGUUGCCUCUCUGGACGACGAGGAAUGGGAGAAGGUGAACGCUGGCGAGAAGACGCCGCCUCGAGCAACAUCCGCGAACGCCGAUCAGUCGUACGCCGGUAUCAUCGGUUUCUUUCAUCCUUUCUGCAACGCUGGUGGGGGAGGCGAGCGUGUGCUGUUUGCGGCAAUUCAAGCUACUCAACAUCGCUACCCCAAGGCACUCUGCGUGGUGUAUACCGGCGACCAGGACGCUUCCAAGGAGCUGAUCAUUUCAAACGCCCACAACCGCUUCAACAUUCCCCUCAAUGCCGCUCGCGUGUCUUUCAUCUUCCUCGCCGAGCGAGAGUGGGUUCUGGCUUCGAGAUGGCCGCGCUUCACCCUCUUGGGUCAGAGUCUUGGUUCCUUGAUCCUGGGGUAUGAAGCCUUCAGCCUCGUUGUUCCGGAUGUCUUCGUCGAUACUAUGGGUUACGCUUUCGUGCUCGCCUUGUGCAAAUGGCUCUUCCCCAAGAUGCCCGCCGGGGCUUACGUCCAUUAUCCAACCAUUUCGACCGACAUGCUGAGCAGUCUACACGAUGAAACUCAAGGCCGCGGUCUCAACGCCGGUUCCGGAAAAGGCGCAGCUGGCAAAGCAAAGCUAUGGUAUUGGAAGUUGUUUGCCGGGCUGUAUUCAUGGGUGGGAGGACACAUCGAUGUCGUGAUGACCAACAGCUCGUGGACACAAGCACACAUCACCUCACUGUGGGGCCCAUCUCGCACGAAACGAAGGAAGAAGUUCCCCAUCUCGAAAGUGUACCCACCCUGCGCAGUGGAGGAACUUCACCGAAAGCUACCGGUCACCGAGGAAUCGGAGGCCCAACGAUCCAGGAACCUGAUAUACAUCGCACAGUUCCGACCGGAAAAGAACCACCAGACCAUCAUCGCCGCCUUCGCUCUCUAUCUCAAAAGUCUUUCGCCGAAUGCUCCGAAGCCAAAACUUAUACUGUGCGGCAGUGUGCGCGACGACCAGGAUGAGAAACGGGUCUACAAACUUCGACUGCAAGCGUUGGAGAUCAAAGAACAUGUGGAAUUUGUGGUGAAUGCCAAGUGGACACAAAUCCUCGACCUUUUGCGCACGAGCAGCAUCGGUGUCAACGCCAUGUGGAAUGAGCAUUUUGGUAUCGGCGUGGUGGAGUAUCAAGCCGCGGGGCUCAUCAGCGUUGUCAAUGACUCGGGCGGUCCCAAGGAAGAUAUCGUCGUCGAUAUCAUGGGACAGAAGACUGGUUUCCACGCUUCCACCGAUCAGGAAUACGCAGAUGCCUUCGCCAAGGCUCUGGCAUUGUCGCCCGAGGAUGCUUACGCUAUGCGUCACCGCGCUCGUACAAGUUCGUCCCGCUUCUCAGAGGAGGUCUUUCGCUCCGCGUGGACCAUUCACUUGGAUCGCUUGGUUGAGCUUGGCCGGGCCUGA